ACAAAGAUGGCCGCCCCGGUGCCUCUCGGCUCCUCGCUCUCCUGCUGCCUUCGGCUGGCCGCGGGCCUCCGGCUGCUCCCGAUGCUGGGACUACUGCAGCUGCUGGCGGAGCCCGGCCUGUGUCGCGUCCACCACCUGGCGCUCAAAGAUGACGUGAGGCACAAAGUUCACCUGAACACCUUUGGCUUCUUCAAGGAUGGAUAUAUGGUGGUUAACGUCAGCAGCCUCUCAGUGAGCGAGCAUGCAGGAGCAGACAAGGAUGCUGCAAUUGGAUUCAGCCUAGACCGGACAAAGAAUGAUGGCUUUUCUUCUUACUUGGAUGAAGAUGCCAAUUACUGUAUUUUAAGGAAACAGUCUGCCUCUGUCAUCCUUCUAAUCCUAGACAUCUCCAGAAGUGAGGUGAAAAUCAAAUCUCCACCAGAAGCUGGUAUCCAGUUUCCAAAGAUCAUCCUCAGCAAGGAUGAGAAAAUCCUUGGUCAGAGCCCGAAUCCUAACGUGAACCCCGGCCCAGCAGGCAACCAGACUCAGAAAGCACAAGACAGUGGAAAGUCUAAAAGAAGUACAGUGGAUUCAAAGGCAACAGGAGAGAAAUCCUUUUCUAUUCAUAAUAACAAUGGGGCAGUUUCGUUUCAGUUUUUCUUUAACAUCAGCACUGGUGACCAAGAAGGGCUUUACAGUCUCUAUUUCCAUAAGUGCCCAAGCAGUGACACUAGUGACAAGUUUUCGUUCAGCCUUGAUAUUGAGAUCACAGAGAAGAAUCCUGACAGCUACCUCUCAGCAGGAGAAAUUCCUCUCCCCAAAUUAUACAUUUCUAUGGCCUUUUUCUUCCUCCUUUCCGGGAUCAUCUGGAUUCAUAUCCUUCGAAAACGACGGAAUGAUGUAUUUAAAAUUCACUGGUUAAUGGCGGCCCUUCCGUUCACCAAGUCUCUUUCCUUGGUGUUCCAUGCAAUUGACUACCACUACAUCUCCUCCCAGGGCUUUCCCAUCGAAGGCUGGGCUGUAGUGUACUACAUAACUCACCUUUUGAAGGGGGCCCUGCUGUUCAUCACCAUUGCGCUCAUUGGCACUGGCUGGGCUUUCAUUAAGCACAUCCUCUCUGACAAGGACAAGAAGAUCUUCGUGAUUGUCAUCCCACUCCAGGUCCUGGCAAAUGUUGCCUACAUCAUCAUAGAGUCCACUGAGGAGGGCACGACUGAGUAUGGCUUAUGGAAGGAUUCUCUGUUUCUGGUUGACCUGCUGUGCUGUGGUGCCAUCCUUUUCCCAGUGGUGUGGUCAAUCAGACAUUUACAAGAAGCCUCGGCCACAGAUGGAAAAGGUGACAGCAUGGGACUUCUUCAGCAGACAGCAGAUACAACAGCAGGCAAACCCAGGCUCUCCUCCCCAUCCUAUAAAGACAGCACCCAUUUCUCAUCCUCAGAUCUGGACCUGCUGAGAUCAGAGGGGCUGCCCCUCCCAGCCCAAUGCAGUGACAGAGCUGGAGUGGUUGCUGCUAUUAACCUAGCAAAGUUGAAACUUUUCAGACAUUACUACGUCUUGAUUGUAUGUUAUAUAUACUUCACCAGGAUCAUUGCGUUUCUCCUUAAGUUUGCUGUACCAUUUCAGUGGAAGUGGCUGUACCAGCUCCUGGACGAGACAGCCACGCUGGUGUUCUUUGUUCUGACGGGGUAUAAAUUCCGUCCGGCUUCAGAUAACCCCUACCUACAACUGUCUCAGGAAGACGAUGACUUGGAAAUGGAAUCUGUAGUGACGACGUCAGGAGUGAUGGAGAAUGUGAAGAAAGUCAAGAAGGUGACUAACGGCAAUGUGGAGCCCCAGGGUGACUGGGAAGGCACAGCAUGACAGAGCCAGCAUGGAGGGCUCACUGUUGGAGGAAACAUCUACCUUAUUCUUAGUCCUAUUGGUGAGCAAGAGCAGGUCCGGACAAUGAACCCUGGGCACCUCCCACGGUGACAGCACAGAGCUCGUGGCCAGGAACAAAAUGCAGGUCACGACAGUGAACUCUGGGCACCUCCCAUGGUGACAGUGCCAGAGCUCGUGGCCAGGAGCAAAGUGUGAGGACACCCAUUUUUGUGCUCUUUUAGGGAAACUGGGUCUGCGGCUGGUUAGAGGAGCCAGGACUGUCUUUCUGGAGAGAGCGUGGAGAGGAGGAGGAAGGGAGCGCUUGUCUUCAAUCUGCCUUUUUACUUGGGAGCUUAGGUGUGUGUGGUGGCAGCUGAGUGCUACAGUGCAGAGCGGUGCCUGGUGGGGGGCCAUCUGCUGCAGCCAGUGGCAUACGGCAUUGCUUUGGGAAAUGGUCAAAGAAGGGAAAAAGAGUGUGAUUGCAUCUUUGGGGGCAAAGAUGAAUGAAAUGAUUUGUGAAAGCCCGUGCAGUACACAGCACCGCCCUGGUUCCUGACCCUGAGCAUCACCCCAGAUAUUUGUCCCAGGUCCUGACUGUGACCAGGAGCUGACCAGGGGUGUGGUGUGCAGAAAGACUCUGUCCUGUGAGGGACAUGUGUCACUGUCAGAUUCGUGGCCCUAGAACACAGCUGUGCUGUGGGAUACAGGCGUCUUGACUCAAGUGUAUUCUCUUCUGCCUGAUGGAGGGAAAGAUUUGCAUCUUCAGUCUCAAAAAGUGUUCUCCUAGGUACUUUUCCUGGCUGUUUGCCUUCUCUGCUGGCCCAGAGUGGCCCAGCCUUCUUUCCUCUCCUCUUUUUGUUUGUGUCUAUUAUUUAUGAUCAGAACUUGGGAGGAAUUUUCCUUAGGGAAUAGCUGAGGGCAGAAAAGGUAGUGUUUAAGCUUUAUUUAAAUACUUACGUAUAGGCAAACGUUAACAUUGAAAAGCUUUUCCUAUAAGCCAGGCAGGAUUUCUAAUUAGAAAUAUUAAGCAGAAUUGGUCCCCAUAUUCCAAGGGUCUGUAUGUGAAGAAAAUCAGUGCAGUUAGAUAGCAGUUUGCUCUUGGGGAUUUGGAAUAGUGAGGUCUCACAGGAACUCAGCAAGUCCUGUCCACACUUCAGAGCCUGGGAAGAAAUGCUGGUAGCUGACCACAGUGAAGAGUUUACAGCUGGGAGACACAUCCUUUGAGUAAUGGGAUGAGCUCCAAAGGUCCAUUGUGAUGGAGAGCUUAAUAAGUGACCAGCACAUGGCCCUGUAAGGAAAGCUUCUUAAUGCUGGUUAGGGAAGGUUGCUUCCAGAAACUCAAGCCUCACUCUGCCUGGGCUUGCUGGUGAGUCAUACCUGCAAGGGACAGGGGUCUUCUGGGAGUAAUAGUCAACAGUUCCUGGCUCAGAAGGGUCAGUCAGAAAUCCUGGGACCUGUGGGCACAUUCACUUUCUUAGGUUUGGGAACCUGAGAAAUCUCUACUCAGAAAACAGUUGUCCUCCAUCCUACCCCAACCCAGCUGUGCUAUUUCCACAUCCUAGUGGCCAGUGAGGAAACAGCUAUCCUUUCCGUGCUACCCAGCCCUACCAGCCCCACCAACCCCACCAACCCCCUCACCACAGGUGUUUUAGGGAAGCAUGUGUCUAUCUUCUCAUCUCAGGAGAAGGAUAGGUAGGCCCUAAGGAUUCACUUAAAGGACUUUUUUUUUCUUGUUUUUAUUUUAAAGUUAACUUGGGGCUUAUAUGACGGGAAGAGAAUUGUCGGAAAGAAGAUAGGAAUAUUUUAACACUUUGUUUUCUGCACAUAAACAUUACUAGUGCUACAGAAAUGUGCUCACACUUUGACCACCAAACCUCCCCUGGCAUGUCUCCCAGAGGGACACAUUUGCUAUUUCCCUGUCAGCAGAUGUUGUUGACAAGGUGCUAGACUCUGGCAAGAAAAAGAAGGUGUGAUGAGGCCUCCCCUCUAGGAAGGGUCUCCAUGGAGGCGUCCUCAUUUCACACGCUGGGUUUUUAAGGCAAGGAAGCCAAUGAAUGGAGGAAUGAAUGUGUGAGUACCAGCACUUGAACCAGGAAGAGGCUAGAGCCUCGACCAUCAGACUAGCACAUUAGCCUGCAAGCGUUGGGUGUUCUUCACAUCCCAACCAUACCUCUAGACUCACUGCUGUGUUGGCUGAGUGGCUGUAGUUUGAUGGUCUCACUUUUCUGGAGCAGGAUGUGAGAUCAGGCAGUCACAGCAGUAGAGGUGGGCCUCAGCCUUCCUAACAAGCAUUUUCCUGCCCAUGUCCUGGUCUGUGACUGUUGGAAAGUUUGAAGUUCGACUGGUGGGUAAGAAAAAUCAAAACCCUAGUCCAAGACUGGGAAAUGUAACAAACAUAGGUUCCAGACUUUAAAAAAAACCCUUGCGCUGUCUGUCCUGUUCUGUCAGUUGUCUUCUUUUUUUCUCCAUCACUUAAUAGCUGUAACCCAGUGUUUAGUUCUACCCUUGAGUAAAGAUGACUGAUUGGGGCCCAAAGUCAAGUAGUUGCACCAGUUAACAAGCCACCUCCAUGCAGCCUGAUUCUCACAGUCCACUGGGCUCAUUGUAACAGUGUUUGAACAAUGAAGCGCUUGCAGUAUUUCAGGAACCGGGCAGAAAAGAUGGGGCUCAUAUCACAGAGUCCUUGGUGAUAUUUUUAUCUUUUCUUUGUACUCCUACUCCCUGUGUCUGCCUACGCAAAAUGUCCAUGUUUCCUUUGAGAAUCUGAUGUGGACUGGAAGUACUGCUGGCUAUGAAGUUUCACAGAGUGUGUAUUUUGCUAGAAAAUUAUUUCUUGUACAACAGGAACCAUCAUAUAUCUUAUCCUGGUUCUUAACAGUGUGCAAGGACUCAAUCAGCCUAUGUCUUGGUCUCUUGGCACUUUAAAAUUUUAGUAGCAGGCCGAUUAUAAUGUUCACUAUGGCUCUGGUGAGUUGGCACUUCUUUCUAUAAGGAGCAGCUUGCUCCAGUAUCAAAGAGGCUUUCUCAGAUCAUGGCCUGAGUCGGUUCAGUUUUCUUUCAAGAAACUACUUCAGAGUAAAAUUCCAAAGUACCCCCUGCCCCCACCCCAUGUCCAGCCAGCCAAGGCAGUGCACAGCCUCCCAAGUCCACUUCACGUGAGGCGGUGGGAGACUUGAACUCCUGCAUUAUGAUCUCAUUGGGAUCUCUGUUCUGCCUCCCCUCUUCCCUCCUCCUUCCCUCUCCUUCCCCUCCACCUCCUUCUGCCUGCUCCUAUUGAUUGCACAUAGGCUUACACUGGGAAUGCCGGCUGAAGGCUUUGGUGCAUUGCAGCAUUUUCUCCAAGCAGCUGUUUGCAGGAUAAAUCUUUAAGCUAAGGAGAAUUUCAUCAAGAGAGUGCACUAAUGCUACAUAUUACUGCUUUGGACCACAUGCGACGGUCUUUCCUCACACUGAAACACCUAUCUUAUUUAAUCCCUGCCAGAGUCCACUACAAGAGGCAGUCUGCGAUUGAGGACACCCUUAAUUGCACACGGCAUUCUGGCCAUCUUCUUCCAUCCUGAGGCACUUUCUUCAAGGAUGUCUCUUAGAGCACUAGGCAGUGUGAUGCAGCUGCUGGACUGGCUCCAUACACCCAGGAAGGCCACAGGGAAUUUAUGCUUCCUGCUGCCAAGCUGCUGAAUUUCAGAUCUUAGCCCCUCCUCCAGCCCUAUUUCCACGCCCCCUCACCUGUGCUCUCUCUGGUCUUCCCUGCCUUGCAACACGUCACGAAACACUACAUCCAGGAGGCCAGCCAUCGUCUAUGCUUUGCCCUGCCACCCCCUUUAAGGAUUCAGUAAGUUAGUGCCUUCCGUUAGCCUUUGACUUGAUACCUCUUAGUUUAUCCAAAAGGUAUUUAUUUAGAACAUACCAAAUGUUCUAAAAGAUCUCUUUACUACAGUAUUACCUAGGGCAUUCUGGCCCAGAGUUUUUAAAAGACAUCAUCCGUCUGAGUCCAUGCUAAUCCUUGUCACCUCCUGGAAUGUGAUUAUUAGUAGGCUAGCUGACCAGUCUCCAAAUUCCCCAGAGCCUCUGCUAUUGCCUGGCAAUGCACAUAUGCCCUCUGCCUGGUUUAUGCUUGGAAUAGAGGUGGGCUUUCAGAUGCUCACUGCCUGGAUGUGGCGACAAGCACAGCCCCUGAGAUGCUGUGUGAAGAAAGCACAAUGAGGGAGAGAUGGCGGGGGAGAGGGUGUAGUGAUGUUUCCUCAAGACCUAAUGGGUUCUGAUGGCAGGAAGUCUGUAGACAGGCCAUUUGGGAAGGAAGGAUUCUGGAUGACAUCAGUAAAGGACAAAGUGAAGCAGAUUUGCUAAGUCACCUCAAGACAGGACACUGGGUUUUGGGGGUUUUGUUUGGUGGUACUGAGGUUUGAACUCAGGGCUUUGGGCUUGCUAGGCAGAUGCUGUACCAGUUGAGCUAUACCUCCAGUUAAACUGAUUUUGAGGUCAGGUUUGAAGGUGUGUAAUGAACAACCAAAUCAAACAGGGAAAGAAGAGGGCCCACUCUCUUAGCAUUAUUUCUAAGGGAGCCCCAAAUGCUGUCCACACAAGAGGGCUCUUGACUCCUCAAGUAGCUUCUGCAGAUCAUAAAUUGCCUUUGCAUAGUCACUUGACCUCUAAAAAAGUCAGACUGUAUAACCAAGAAGUAAGUCUCACCUGGGGAGGCUUGGGGUCUCUCCAUAACCUGCUUCCCUGGUUAGAUUGGGGGGUCAGAAGGGGCUGUGAGUAUUUUUAACACUGAUGAUCAUGUGGGGCAUUUAUGUACACAGGGAAUGGGUGUGGGGUCAGCUGGGCGGUGGAUGGGUGAACGCUCACUGUAC